AACAAUAAAUACCCCCCAGUCCCCAGUCCCCAGUCCCCAGUAUUCUUCUCUUAAAAUAGCCAAGCCACCCCCGGAAUUGCAUUGCAGCAUCAAAUUCCUUCCUUGCCAAAACCCAGUAAGAAAGAGAUGCAGAUCUUUGUUAAGACGCUUACAGGGAAGACUAUCACCCUCGAGGUUGAGAGCUCGGAUACUAUCGAUAAUGUCAAGGCUAAGAUUCAGGACAAGGAAGGAAUCCCUCUUGAUCAGCAGAGAUUAAUUUUUGCUGGUAAGCAGCUUGAAGAUGGUCGAACUCUUGCAGAUUAUAACAUCCAAAAGGAGUCGACUCUUCACUUGGUUUUGAGGCUUAGGGGAGGAACUAUGAUCAAGGUCAAGACUCUGACUGGGAAAGAAAUUGAGAUUGAUAUUGAGCCAACUGAUACCAUUGACCGGAUUAAGGAACGUGUUGAAGAGAAAGAAGGAAUUCCACCUGUGCAGCAAAGGCUCAUUUAUGCUGGCAAGCAGCUUGGAGAUGAUAAGACGGCUCGUGAGUACAAUAUUGAGGGUGGCUCUGUGCUUCAUCUGGUGCUUGCUUUGAGAGGGGGAAGUCUUUAGAUGGUGCUCCUUAUAUCAUAAACAUCAAAUGGCUUAAAUUUUAUAAUUUUUAUAUUUAACAAAAUAUGGAUGACUCUGUAUGUGAUAUGUAUUGGAUUGAAAAACAGUUUCGGAUAAUUUGUUUGACAUGUUAUAGACAUGUUCUGUUUUGUUAGUAAUUUACAUGAAUAAUCUAAUCUUUUUCCUUUAAUAUAAA